CCAGUGAGCAGGCGAGGAAGGGGCGGGCACCGGAGUCCCGGCAGCUUCUAGUAGGUUCCAGAAGGCGGCGCGUGCGGUUGGGAACGCGGAGCGGACGGGAACGCCGAGGGGACGGAUUCGAUUCAACGGGGUUCCGGGCCAGGCUAUGGAGCAGGUGAACGAGCUAAAGGAGAAGGGCAACAAGGCCCUGAGUGCCGGGAACAUCGACGACGCGCUGCAGUGCUACUCUGAGGCAAUCAAGUUAGAUCCUCAGAACCACGUGCUCUACAGCAAUCGAUCCGCAGCCUAUGCCAAGAGGGGGGACUACCAGAAGGCUUAUGAGGAUGGCUGCAAAACCGUCGACCUGAAGCCCGACUGGGCCAAGGGCUAUUCACGAAAAGCAGCAGCUCUUGAAUUCUUAAAUCGAUUUGAAGAAGCCAAGAGAACCUAUGAGGAAGGUUUAAAACAUGAAGCAAAUAACCCUCAGCUCAAAGAGGGUUUACAGAAUAUGGAGGCCCGGUUGGCAGAGAGGAAAUUCAUGAACCCUUUCAACAUGCCUAAUCUCUAUCAGAAGUUGGAAAGUGACCCCAGGACAAGGGCACUGCUUAGCGAUCCUACCUACCGGGAACUGAUAGAGCAACUGCGAAACAAACCGUCAGACUUGGCCACGAAACUACAAGAUCCCCGGAUCAUAACCACUCUCAGUGUCCUCAUUGGGGUUGAUCUGGGCAGUAUGGAUGAGGAAGAAGAGGCUGCAACACCCCCACCACCUCCUCCCCAAAAGGAAACCAAGCCAGAGCCGAUGGAAGAAGAUCUCCCAGAGAAUAAGAAGCAGGCACUGAAAGAAAAGGAGCUGGGGAAUGACGCCUACAAGAAGAAAGACUUCGACACAGCCUUGAAGCACUACGACCGGGCCAAGGAGCUGGACCCCACCAACAUGACUUACAUCACCAAUCAAGCAGCUGUAUACUUUGAAAAGGGCAACUACAAUAAAUGCCGGGAGCUUUGUGAGAGCGCCAUCGAAGUGGGGAGAGAGAACCGAGAAGACUAUCGACAGAUUGCCAAAGCUUAUGCGCGAAUUGGUAACUCCUACUUCAAAGAGGAAAAGUACAAGGAUGCCAUCCAUUUCUACAACAAGUCCCUGGCUGAGCACCGAACCCCGGAUGUGCUCAAGAAGUGCCAGCAGGCAGAGAAAAUCCUGAAGGAGCAAGAGCGACUGGCCUACAUCAACCCUGACCUGGCAUUGGAGGAGAAGAACAAGGGCAAUGAAUGUUUUCAGAAAGGGGACUACCCCCAGGCCAUGAAGCACUAUACCGAAGCCAUUAAGCGGAAUCCACGAGAUGCCAAACUGUACAGCAAUCGAGCUGCCUGCUAUACCAAACUCCUGGAGUUCCAGCUGGCCCUCAAGGACUGCGAGGAAUGUAUCCAGCUGGAGCCAACUUUUAUCAAGGGUUACACGCGGAAAGCAGCUGCCCUGGAAGCCAUGAAAGACUACACAAAAGCCAUGGAUGUGUACCAGAAGGCCCUGGACCUGGACUCCAGCUGCAAGGAGGCAGCAGAUGGCUACCAGCGCUGCGUGAUAGCACAGUACAACCGACAUGACAGCCCCGAGGACGUGAAGCGACGGGCCAUGGCCGACCCUGAGGUGCAGCAGAUAAUGAGCGACCCAGCCAUGCGGCUCAUCCUGGAACAGAUGCAGAAGGACCCCCAAGCACUCAGCGAACACUUAAAGAAUCCCGUAAUAGCGCAGAAGAUCCAGAAGCUCAUGGAUGUGGGUCUGAUCGCGAUUCGGUGAUGACUUGUUCAUCUCUUCCCUUCACCUUCUUGGAAAGACGAGCUGGGAUGGCGGCAGGCAGCAUGGUGCGGGGGGAGAGGGAGAAAGAGCAGCCUGUCUUUAUAUUUAUACCUGCCUACGGGGAAGACGCUGACCCAGCCGCCGCCCUGGGCCCUCUGAGCCCCGCAUGGUCUCCUCACUGCUGCCCUUGGGUUCCGUGUCUCCUUCCCUGCCCCCUCAGUCGCUGUCUCGGCUGCUCCCCAUAGUUAGUUAUUUUUUAUUUGGGGCAGUGGGCAUAUGUGGGGAGGGGAGGGUGUUCUUCCCAACCUGGGGUCCCAGCUGUCUUCACAUUGUUAACUCCACGCCUUCUCCAAUAAAAUAAGCCAAUCAGGUGUGGUGACA